AUGGAAUUUAAAUAUCCCUAUGCAAUGCCAACAAACUAUCAGAGUCCAGGUGUACCAACGAAAGAGUGUGCGAAACCAAAUAAACCUCUGACCAAGUCUAGCAGUGGAUUACCAGUGGACAGUCUUUCUUUCACAGUCGAUCCAGAGACUUGUAAGAAAGUAGUUCCAAAGCUAUUCCAACCUCUUACAAUCAAAGAUACCACUUUGAAGAAUAGAAUCGUUGUUUCACCAAUGUGUCAAUACUCUUGUAUAGAUGGUGCUAUGAAUGAUUGGCAUUUAGUACAUUUAGGUUCAUUUGCAAAAGGUGGUGCUUCUAUGAUAAUAUUUGAAGCAUCGGCAGUCGUUGCCAAUGGUAGAAUCUCACCAUUCGACAGUGGUAUCUGGUGUGAUGAACAAAUCGCCCCACUCAAACGUAUCAAUGAUUUCGUACAUACUUUUAAAUGUUUGACAACAAUGCAAAUUGCACACGCAGGUAGAAAAGCAUCGACUAUUCCACCGUUCCUAGAGAAUGGAAGAAUGCCUAGUACUGUUGAAAAUUCAGGAUGGACAAAUUUGGAUGGCGCUUCCCCACUGGCUUGGGAUGGCGAGCAUCUUGUUCCCCAUGAGCUGACUGUAGAGGAGAUACAGUCUGUAGUUCAGGCGUUUGUAGAUGCCGCCAUUCGUUGUGAAAAAGCUGGAUUCGAUGCCGUUGAAAUUCACGGUGCUCAUGGAUAUCUCAUUGAUUCGUUCUUGUCGCCAACCUCCAAUAAACGUACGGAUCAAUACGGUGGAUCGUUCCUCGGUAGAAUCAAACUGCUGCUCGAUAUCGUCAAGGCGGUGAGAGCUGUGUGGAAGAAGCUGCUGCUAGUGCGUAUCAGUUGCGAGGAGUGGGUAGCUGACGGUUGGCAUCUCGAUGACUCGAUUGCACUGGCGCGUCACCUCCAUGAGUUGGAUGUAGAUAUUCUCGAUUGUUCGUCGGGUGGAAACAGCCACAACCAGAAAAUAGCGUUCGGACCACUCUACCAAGUUCCAUUUGCAGAGGGAAUCAAGAAGGCUAUUCCAGGAUUGAUUACUUCGGCGGUUGGACUCAUCAAUACUCCAGAGGAAGCAAUGUCCGUCAUCGAUGAACAAAGAGCUGAUAUAGUAAUGAUGGCUCGUCCAUUCCUCAGAGAUCCAUUUUGGCCAUUACACGCAGCACAUUCUAUUGGAUUGGAAGUAGAUUAUGCAUUACAAUAUAAUAUGGCAAAGUAUCGUUAA